AUGAGCAGCAAUCACUACUGCCCUGGCGACUACUACAGCGAGAGCGACUGUGAAUCCAGCGAGAUCGAUCGCGAGUCCUGUGAGAGCUAUCGAGUGUCCAACGAGAGCGACAAUGAUUCCGGCGAGAGCGACAGUGGCCGCGACGACCAGCGGCGUCGCGGAACCCGAUCAACCGUCUCAGUUCAAGAUGCUGCCGGCCCCACGCGAUCUUUCCACCUCCACUUCUCACCACAAGCUCAUCGUGGCCAGCACGGUGGUGCAAUCCACAUCUCAAUGGGCGGCACUGGAGGCAUGGUGUUGAGAAGUGAUCGCAGUGUCUUUGGCGGUGAAAUCAUAAGCAUCGACGAAACCCGUGAGGACAACCGCCACAGUCAACCCCACGCCGUCUCGAGCGACGCUCACUAUACUGCGAGGUCUGUGGCACAUUUGCGUCCUCGCUCGACCGAUGUUCCCCCCAGCCAGACUAGCUUGGGUACCGUUGCCCUCAGUUCUCGUUUGGUGAAUCUUCGUGUCGCCAAAGGGUGUCGUAUGCCGGACGUGCCAGACGAAUCAUUCAUGCAGAACGAAUUUAGAAGGUUCGAGAGGCAAGUCCUACUGCAACAAACACCAGGGUUGUUAAUGUCACAGGGUCCACCAACCGGUACGCAGGCCGGUGGGGUCGAGCUGCUCGUGCUGGUGGAGCUGCUACUGCUAGUGAAGCUGGUAGUACUGGAGGAGCUCGUUGUGGUGGUCGAGCUGGUUACAGAAGCUGGGGAUGAAGACGUGGUGUCGGAAAGGACCAAGGUCGGAGAAACAGAAUCGGUAGCCGAGGAGAAAACAGCGGCUGUGGCAGUCGCGAUGAUUCUAGUGGUGGUGCUCGUUGUGGUCGUGGUGAACGUGGAAGUGGCAGUGCCAACGACGGUGGCAUCGACAAUCACCAACACGCGGCCCAAAGGGUCAGCUCAUCUAUGCGCAAAGGCUGAGGCCUGCUUGCGUGGAGUCUACUUACGCGGUUCCUGGUACAAUGUCUGUCGCGACCAACGUACUUGUCGCCGUUGCAGUGAUCAGCGCAGAACCCGUGAGGGUACUAAACACUCGUACGAAUGA